CUCUCCCAGCCUCUUCUUGUGCCGAGUGAGCUACGGGUAUGGCGUCCGCCGCUAACGGGCCUGGUCUGCCUCGUAUCUUCCUCCCCAGCGGGCGAACUCCAAUCAAGCCAGAGUUCCCGAAUGGACUUCCCCCGCUACCUGACAUACAGUCCGAGCAGCUGCGCUUGCAGGUGUUCACCCAUCGCAGCUUCUUUGCGCGCCCAACCCAUAUCUUUGAGGACAUGCCAGAUGACCCCAGUCCGGACAACGAGAUGCUUGAGCAUCUCGGGGAUACUGUACUUAAUUUGGUUGUGACAGGGCUGUUGAGAGAAGUCUACCCAUGCUUGCGGGUGGGGCCCUCUACGAAAAUACGCGCUCUAAUCGUUGGGAACCCCACCCUUGCCUCGAUCUCUGUCCAGUAUCGUCUGCCUGAGAGGUUACGCAUGCACCCUGCGCAGGCGAUCACGCUGCAAGCGUCCACAAACAUUCAAGCUGAUCUUUUCGAGUCUUUCGUAGGCGGCGUGUACCUUGACCGUGGUCUUGAAGUCACGAAGACCUGGCUGCACCCGCUCUUCCGUCCCUACAUUGUCGAAGCGUACCGCAUCGUCCGCGUGCAGCACGGCCUUCCCCCGGAUCCCGACCCUCCCUACCCCCUCCUCCACUCUGCCUACCGCCAUGUCUCCCUAACCCCGCCUAUGCGCGGCUCUGGCGUCGCGACCCCGGACAACAGCGGGAUCCCAGCGUCGUCCUGGUCUAUCCCGCCGCCUCCGCGCAUCCCGGGGAACGUCGGCCACCUCUCGCUGUUCAACCAGCACAUGCAGCAGCAGGGCAAGUUCGUCGAGUGGGUGUACACGGACAGCGAGGGCGAGGGGACGAAGACGACGCCCAUCUGGGUCGUCCGCGCCAUGUGCGAGGGCGAGUGCCUCGGGCGCGGGCGCGGGAGCACGAAGAAAGCCGCGCGGAACGAGGCCGCGAAGGAGGGGCUCGUGCACCUCGGCAUAUACAUUUCGCAGCCGGAAGGGUUCUACGCGGCUGCCUGAGCCUUGGCACCUUGUCUCCAGACUCGCGCUGGAUGCACGCAGCAGACGAAGCUGGUCAUCCCGCUCAGGUGUGAAGUCAAUGUGCGAGGGUUAUCUUAGACGGACGUUCAUACCCAGGACUCGGACGGAUGGAAUGCUGACCGCAGGGAAAUGGAUUCUAGCGUGUCAUCGCUUGCUUUUGCUGUGUUUUCGUCAUGCUCGCUGAUUGCUUUCAGUUACUUGUGUUUUUCUGUUGCUUCUUUGUGGUGCAUAUGUGCUAUGAUCUACGUGCCUUGUGUCUUAUAUAUUGGAUAUGCAAGAUCAAAUG